AUACCGUAGAAAGUGUUGGCAUUAGAAGAAUGCUGUGUUAGUUGCACAGAUCCCUGACGUAAGACACGAUUAACAACUGCUUGAAGCUUCUGACUGGUACUGAUGGGGAACACCAGUGACCGUGUGUCUGGUCAUGACCGCCAUGGAGCCAAAGCCCAUCGCUCGGACAGCGGGGGUGACCACAAAGAUCUGGAGCCCAGUAAGAUGGUGGAUAGCACGGAUGACCCCAAUAUCUUCAAUACCUACGGCCCUGAGUCAAAGGUGUCUGGAGAUAAGGACUUCACUCCAGAUUUAGAUGACAUGGUGAAGACUAGCCCUCAGGCCAGGCCCACUGUAAUACGCUGGGGAGGAGGAGGAAAGGAAGUCUACAUCACUGGCUCUUUCAAUAACUGGAGCAACAAAAUUCCUCUCAUAAAGAGCCACAAUGACUUCGUGGCCAUCCUGGAUUUGCCUGAAGGAGAGCACCAGUACAAAUUUUUUGUAGAUGGACACUGGGUACAUGACCCAUCAGAGCCCAUCACCACCAGCCAACUGGGCACAAUUAACAACAUAAUUGAAGUGAAGCAGUCUGACUUUGAGGUUUUUGAUGCCCUACAAGUGGACUCCCUAGAAUGCUCAGACACAUCAGACCUAUCCAGCUCGCCGCCUGGCCCAUAUGGACAGGAACUCUAUAUGUUCAGGCCAGAGGAACGCUUCAAGGCCCCGCCCAUUCUCCCACCUCACCUCUUACAAGUCAUUUUAAACAAGGACACAAACGUAUCUUGUGAUCCUGCCCUGUUGCCUGAGCCUAACCAUGUCAUGCUGAAUCACCUUUAUGCCCUAUCAAUUAAGGAUGGAGUGAUGGUCCUAAGUGCUACCCACAGAUAUAAGAAGAAGUAUGUCACCUCGCUGUUGUACAAGCCAAUUUAAAGUCUGUGUGUGCAUGUUUCUGAGAAGGUGCCUGAUGGUGGCAUAUAGCUUCAUUACCGAUUGCUGAUGUUGCACUAGAAUACAGCAGAAUAUCCACGCUUGUUGGAUAGACAUCGGCCCUGAGUAGGACAACACACAAGAAGAGUUCUGAUGUGCCUCUAAAAUGUACUAUACGUUUUCUGAACCUAGAGGAAUGCUGGGUGCAGUUCCCAGUAACGUCAGUCAAGGGUGUUUGGAUUGCAUGGAUUCACAAUGUUUAAAAAAAGCUUACAAGGGCUUGUAUCUGGUAGCUAAGCAAUAUUUAUGCUGAAAUCCCCUGGAGGAGGUGGUGAUGAAGUGCCGUGUCAGUGACCGUGUUUGGGUGUCUCAUAUGUACUGUUAAAUAGUGGCUUGCCAUCCAAACAAGUGGGGGACAGUGGCUUAUGUUUGAUUAGCAUUGUAUAGUGAUGCAUGGUGAUCAUGACAUUUAUUUAUUUCAGCCUAAAUUGAUAAAAGUAGUCUCUCUUUAUGUGCCAUGUAAGGUUCAUGCUGUAUUGAGUGGACCCAGACUGAUAGUUAUUUAUUCAAAAUAGCAAAGAUUUGUAAAGUCAAUCUAUGAUAAUGAGAGCACUUUAAACUCACUCAGUUUAGCAGUGUGAAAGAAUGUUUGCCCAAGAUGUUCAUCUAUGCAGUAGACUGAUGUUAUACUGUAGCUGUGAUGGAACGGAAGAGGUUUCAUUUUCAGACAUCACCGAUGUGGUGCUUUCAAGUUUUUUUUUUUUUACUGUAUUGCAGUGUGUAUGUUGCAUGUUAUCAGCGGGCAACUGCAUGUGAAUCCCAGGCAGUGGCUUUCUGGUGUGGUUAUCAUUUCACUUCAUAGUGUUUUGAAAUGCUUACAGAUUCAAAUAGAAAGCCAGUGGCCUGCAACUUGGCACUUACCUGUAUGGCUAGAUUGACCUGGAUAAGUGAUAAACUUUAUAGCAGGGGUGGGGAACCCGUUUACAGCCCUUGAGGCUGUUUUAUCCGGCCCCCAAUAUAAUUGUAAUGUUAUGCAGCUUCACAUGAAAUAUGACAUAUUUUGAAAAGGAAUCUUAAAAAUUACAUUUGCAAUACAAUUAAGUUAUAUUCAGGGGGCAUAGAGAAGGCGGGGUCUGUUUUAAAGGUGGCUUCCUUCAAUAUAGGCCUAAAGUGCAGUGGGAAAUCCUGGUUUGUUUUCAUAGUAUUGGAGGAAUUAAAGUGGACCCUUGAAUGAAAGGUUCCCAAUGGGUACUUACUGAUGAGGUGAAACUCACUACUGUGAUGACGGACAAAGCCACUAAAAAUCACCAAAUAAGUGUUCAUGUGUGAAUGAAUUUAUCUGUCAGCUAUUCAGACAGAAGGAUGUGACAUCGGUGCUCAUGUCAGGUUCUCAAGACUAGAGGAGAUUUUUAUUUUGGUCUACUGUAUGUCUCAACGGAAAUGUACUGCAGGGGACAUGGCAAGUGAAUUGUAGGCAUCAAUAGUUACAAACUGGCCUGGCCUUACCCAUCUGUAAGCUUUUGCUCAAUUUUCAUUUCCCAACACGAUAUGAAAUUUUGUAGUGUAUGGUAAGACCAGACAAGUGAAAAACCCACCUUUUUAGGUUUAUUUAUUUUACUUUGCAUUUGGUCCACUAUAUAAAUGUGUCCCAUCCUUGGUAUUUAUGUCAUGUGUUGUUUUUGUACGCUUGUAAUAUUAUUGUAACAUGCUGAUAUCUUUUAAUGGCUUAAUGGUAUUUAUGGGUUUCAUUGCAUUUCAUUCAGCACAAUGUUUUAUGAUGUGUGUGCAAUACCCCUUCAUCUAUAUGUUUAGUGUCAGAUUACAUGAAAACAAAACGUAUAUGUUAGGGUGCAUCAAAUGCCCCCUAUGAAAAAAUAUUGCCUUGGCCCUAUAGUAAAAAUGUUCUACACCAGUAAAAACACACUGUGUAAAAUAUUUUGAAAUUUGUCAAAAUCAAAGUCACUAUCUUGGAAUAGAAUGGACAUUUCGGUGCAUCAAGCUACCCAAUAAAAACAUAUUGCCUCAGCUGUGUGAUAAAAAUGUUCUAUGCACAGUAAAAACACUCUGUGUUGAAAACGUUGAAAUUUAGAUGGAUUCUACUGGGUCCACUAGGCCCAUGAAAAUACAAAAUAAUGGUGAUAGUGAUGGGCAACCUGGAUUCCAAAGCUAAAGUCCAGUUCCACAUAUUCCAAAUAUAGCCAAUAAAAUGAACCAGCUGACACACUGCUAGUAUCAAGCAAGAGAUUGCAAAGCUGUAUGACUGUUAUAUUUGUGUGUUUCACCUGUGGGCCAACAAUUCCUGGUGGAACAUCUGUACUAAAGCUGUGAAUGCUCCUUGGAAUGACUUGUGUUUUUUCAAGAAAUCCCCGCAGUAGGUCAAUGGAGUACAGUCAAUACAACUGCAUGUGAUGUUGGAAAGAGUGGCUUCCCAAAACCUGUACUAAAGUGACUUCUGAGUAUGUCAUGGGUAUCACCAGGUCCAGAGUUCAUUACCAAGGGCCUCUCAGGUAAGUUAUGGUUGUCAUCUGAUGGAGUAAAGUGAAAUACUACCACAGGCGAUGGGAUUAGGAAGUAAUGGCACUCUUUGAUACAGUUGCCUUGUAGCCUAGUCAUUCCAAGGAGCAUUCACAGCUUUAGUACAGAUGUUCCUCCAUGAAUUGUGGGUCCACAGGUGAAACACACAAAUAUAACAGUCAUACAGCUUUGCGGUUUCUUGCUUGAUACUAGCAGUGGUCCAAGGCAGCACGGAAUUGAUAUUGUGUUGCAAAACAACAAUUUUGCCUGAAUAUAGCGGUUUGACCAUCAGUCUGUCCCGAGACUGAAGUCUGUGUAAGUAGAUCCACUGAAUACACACCCUGCUUAGAUAUUCCUUCUGUUUAUGCUCCCAAUACAGGUGAUUUCAAAUUAUCUUUUUUUCCUGUCCAAUUGCCCUUGAAAAGCUUUGGAAUCCAGGUUGCCCAUAGCUAUCACCAUUAUUUUGUAUUUUCAUGGGCCUGGUGGACCCAGUAAAAUUAAUCUAAAUCUAAAUUAAAAUAUUUUACUGUGCAUAGAACAUUUUUAUCACACAGCUGAGGCCAUAUGUUUUUAUUGGGUAGCUUUAUGCACCGAAAUAGUCAAAAUCUUGGAAUAGAAAUGGCUAUCACCAUUAUUUUCUAUUUUCAUGGGGCUGGUGGCCCCGGUAGACUUCCUCCAAAUUUCAAAAUAUUUUACACAGUGAGUUUUUACUGGGGGUAACAUUUUUACUAUAGGGCCAAGUUUGAUGCACCCUAGUAUAUGUUGAUGUGCAUAUACAGUACAUACUUUGAAAGUUGUUAUGAUGGACAACACGGCAAAAACUAGAAUUUUGGAGGAGGUUUCGCUUCCCACAUUUGUCGUCAAUGAUGUAGGUUUAUGACCUCAUGACACUGUGUAAUUACUUUGGAAAAUAAAAAAACUGACACAAAUAUCUUUCAUGUCAUCAGUUAUAUGGUUAAGUGCAUUUUAACAAUAUGUUACCGUGUGCAUGUUUUGUCUACAGCUUCCCUCUGUAUUUGAGUGGUUGUGAAAUCUGACGUGAACAAAUUUUACAGGACAUGAAAUGCUUUGCAUUUGUGUUUAUUCACAUCUAGCUCUUCAUGACGUUGCAGUACACAGGCAACUGGGCCUGCAUCAGCAUUCCAAUAUAUCAGCACAGCAGUACAUCCUUGACCAUUAGCGAUAGGGCACUCUCAAACAUUAUUUACACAUAAUACACAUAUCUCAAACCUCCAUGAUCACAACAACGCCAAAUGACUCAGGUGGAGGCAUUGUUUCCGCUCGUUUUCCACCACUAAAAAUUGAUCAGAUUGUUGAUUUAGGCUUUGGUACUAUACAUCUCUAUCUGAGACCAAUAACUUAACCAGUUUUUAGAACACAUACUUCAGUUGAUUUGGCAAUCCUCUCUGGUUUUGCAAACACAGAGCGCAAACAAGGCCUUACCUCUAGCCUGGAAAGGUUUAGGCCAACUAGCAAUUAGAAAUUCAAGAUUGUACAUGACUUUGACAGAGCGAAAAUGCGAGUAAUAUUGUUUUACCUAAAAGGCAAACAAAUUGAUUCUAGUUUAAUUAAUACUAAUCUUAAAUCGUAGGCCCCUGAGGCAUCAGGACCAAGGCAACUAUAUACGAAGGACUUCGCUAUUAUAAAGCCAGCUUGACCAAAAUAAUACAACUCUCAGCAGAA